AUGCAGAGGCUUUUGCUUCUCAAUCAGGAGUCGUGUAGCGUGGAUGGCAUCGGUGAUGCUGGAGUUUGUGAUGAAACUGCUCUGGUUAGUGAGCAGAUGGAAAAUGAUGCAACCGAUGAUGUGUUAAAAGAUCUUCGUACUGUGAAACAACAGUCAAGUCGGCUUGUAAUUCGAGUUAUAGGCUGGAUUGCCCUUCUUGCCCUUCUUCAAGCAAGGUUCAAGAUAGGAGAGAGACUUAUUCUCAUGACACAGGUUCCAGAAAUGUCAUAUGAGCAGACACUGCAAAAUAUGGGGUAUCGCUUUAACGAAAAUGGCGAACUACGAACCAUUAAUGGAAAUACUCCGUUUGUUUUUACCAAUCAAGCUGAUUAUGAACGUAUUGGUGACGCGAUGACUACGGAGUUGUACGGAAUACUGGAAUCGUCAUACGGUCUAACAAAGAUCGAAGUCCCUGCUGAAGUCGAAGACAAGUGUGGAAUCGUGAUAAAUUUCCUUGGUUUCGUAUAUGCUUCUCCAGGAUUUCAACAAAAAUCUACAGUUCUGCUUAUUAUUCAUGGCAGCGGAGCAGUACGUCCAGGACAGUGGUCUAGAAGGUUGAUCAUGAACGAAAACUUAGAAGUUGGCUCUCAGUUCCCUUAUAUACGUCGUGCACUCGCAAAUAAUUGGGGAGUCAUUGUGUGUAGCACAAACACUGAUGAAGAGUUUUCUGACUAUCCUCGUCUUCACUUGUGUUCUGUGUAUGAACAACUCCUGAGAGAUACCAAUGUCCAGAGAUUUUUCGUUGUUGCGCACAGUCGUGGAGGUUCGGACAUUGCAAAGUCUCUUCCUCAUUUUAAAAAAGAGAAUCGCUUCGAAGUUGUCUGUCUCACAGAUUCUACUGGCUUUGAAGUUCCUUCUUGUUCAACGGUAGAGUCCAUCUACAAUGGAACGGUGUUCAUAAACUGGCGGGUUGACAAGAAACUUCAAAAAAUGGCCAUUUCAAAUGAAGAAGAUAAUCUUCAACUGUGUUCACGGGUUCAUCAAAUUUAUGCUGGGACAACAGAACACGAAAGAUCUUCACAUGCCGCGUAUAGAAGCAUCUUUCAUGUCUUGGAGAACUGGAACGAAGCAGAUGGCUUACAAAAGCUUUUAGUAGAAGCUGCCGCUCUGACUUCUGUGAGUGACUAG